CACAGCGCGGGUAGAGAUUUCAAAAUUGAAUUGUUAUGUACCUUAUGCCUAUUUUGAAGAGAUUCUAAAUUUGGGAAAUUCUGUACCGUUAAGAAAUAUAAAAAGUAUAGAGACAUGUAAACGGUUCUCGUAUGGAACGUGGAUACACGUUUACCAAGUAUAACGAUAUCCUAGAUGAAAUCCAUCAAAGAAUAAAUGAAUAGCGUAUUUAUUCAACGUUAAUUGGCAGCUGGGCUAACAUCUGUAUUUGAAUAACCGAUUUCAAUGAACUCGUCUUUGGAUUUGCAUUUUCAGUUAUAGUUGAAGUUGAUAUGUUAUUGAAGAUAGUUGCGUAGUAUUUAGAAGCAAUUAUUGACACUGAAUUACUAAAAUUUGGUUAUGUCCAUUCGUUCUCUGAUUAUUUUUGGUCGCAUCUAGGGACGUUAGCUCCGUGAACAUUGGUGAUUUCUAGUGCAGAGUAUGGAUGAUACUCCCUUCAAAGAAACGGAAGGUGCUGGGAAGCUGAACUAAAUUCGAAUUAUUUUGCAAGGUUAUUGAAUAACUUUAACACGUGGAGGUUGAAAAUAUUAUCCCGCUGAAGGUUUCUUCUCAUUUAUCUGAACUUUUGUUUAGGGCGCACAUACAUGAUGGCCUCUUUGCGCUUGUGUAUUCUGUCUUUCUAGAAUCUAUAUACCAAAUCUCGGAGUGGACGAAAUUGUUUCAAUAAUGGAAGGUAGAUUCAAUAUCAAUUAGUAUGCAAAUGCAAGGGCUACUCAAAGGCCCUAGUGGACACUGAAUUACCCUCUCCUGGUUUUUUUGUCGUCGUUUUAUUCCACUAAGAAAAAAUUGAUCGAAAGUUCAAUGGUUCUAUUUUUAUCGGUCUGAAGAGGAUUGGAACGGGAUGUCGUCAGUCAUAUGAAACGAAAAGUUGAUGUGGUAUUUUCAUUUUUUUGCAUGCUAACUACUACUUUUCUUUGACAGAAGGGAUAGCUUCACAACUCUACGGGUUUCGUACGGUAUUUCUCACAAUCUUUGCCUUUGCACGUAUUCUUUAAUUUAGCUAAACGUCUCUUCAAAGUACCGACAAUAACAGGAUCUCGUGUUUUUCUUUGAUUAAUAAGAGGUGCAUCUCAUUGAUUGUACGUUCUUACCCUGUAUAUUAAUAGGGUAUACAUACAAAUGAAAAUACAUCCUAUGGCAUUUCACUGUUCCAUUGCGUUUUUUUUUUCAAUAGGCUUGCUUUGGUUUUACUACUUGCUCAAGAUUAUCCCGUUGCUUCUUGAAACAUUGAAUAUCCACCAUGAUGGUUGAAAUAAAAGACAAACGAGAUCAUAGUAACAAUCGUUCACCAAAGUUUCUAAUUAUUUUCCGUUCAAUUGGACCUUCUGAUCCUUUUGAUUGAUUUAAAGCCUCUUAACAUUUGGUUAUGAACACGACUAGAAAAUACUUUGAAACGAAUGGAUCUUCAACUAAGGUAGAUUGUUCUUGUACUCUGACAGGAUCAAAAGGUCUUAAAUGCAUUGUAAUUGCGCAUUCGCAGUUUACAAAUGGAUUUCAGAUUUAUUGUAUUGAAAAACAGGUUUUACUUGAACUAUGAAAGGGCUUCAGUACAUUAGACAUAAGGAUUCACUAUACAUGUGGAAGCAAGCAAUGAAAACUGAGAAAAACUGCAAAUUUAUUUCUUUUCAGAACUUUUCAUCAAUACAGCACGCACAACACAUUGAAUGGGAAUCUUUCUAUGCCACUAGAAAGAGUUUGCAUAUCUGUUUGACCUCAUGUAUAGAUUCAUAUCUCUUAAAAUCUGUUUCUAUGAUAACAUUUCAAGGAGGGAUUCAAAAACCUGAAGAGCUGAAAAUAAACGUUUUUACGAAAAGAAAAACUCAUAUGGGUAAAAAGAAAAAAAUUUUCAAUUUCGAGCUUUUGUGGAAACGAAACGAUUUGUUUUUACCACGUUGAGGAGGUUCGUCAUUAACAAUUUUUCAUCAAUUUAUAUUCCGAUCGUAGGAUCUAAGCCUCUUCAAUUAUGUGUACUGUUUCUUAAGAAAUAACUUCACAAGAAGUAGACUAGUUUUCUAUCCGUUCUCGGAUAUUUCUGAAAGGAUGGUUUUGAGAUCAAUCUAAACGUGCAUUGGAUUUCCUAUUACAUACCUCUGUUGGCAGAUAGAAUGUUCGAGUCUCAAUAUUUCUUAUUCAGUACGUUUUUUUGAGAAAGAAAGGGGCGAGCAUCUCGGUCUUAGUUAAAUCCAUGGUUUUCGGGGAUUUCAUGAAUGGCAUAUAAGGACCAUUUAGAAUCCAGUUCUGCUCCCUUGUCCCUGUACCUAUCCGUUUAGUUCCUUUCCUUUUAAGGAAAAAGAAGAAAGAAAGAAAAAAUCGAAAAAGAAUUGACGAAUUGACACAAGGAAGUACACGUUUAGUAGCCUGAAGUGUUAUAUGAAUUUUCCCAGAGAACAAUAGUUUGCCUGGUUGAACUUAAAAAUAUAUGAUUAGUGAUUGAAAGCUAGUCGGUUUUUAAAGGAUCGCUUUUAUUUUUCAAUCUCGUCAAGUUACUUUCACUUUCGUCAUUCAAUUUCUUGAAGGAGUUUAUCGUCAAGAAUUGUUUCAAAGCGGAUAGAUUUUAUCCUUAGUUUUUUCUAACUUCUUUUUAUUUUUGAGAAAUCUGCUUGUAUGGAGUAAUCGAAAGAUUAUACACGAAAACAGCAUUCAGAUAUUUGGUAGAAAGAGCCUUGAUUUUAUCAAUUUUCUUACUAGUUUGUGAAAAGACAUACUCGUUGUCUUCGCUAGUUCACUCUAUUUCUCUGAUUUUUUAAUUUCUUAAUAUAUACCAUAAGAAUUGCAAACAUUAUCAGACCGUUUUUCUUAUUUUUUAGUACCUUGGAAUUCUUCUAAUCUUUUAUUCCUACUACUCUUUAUUUUUUAAUCUAAUACUGUCCGACCUAAUUCUUGACAAUGACGGAUUUAAAAAUCUCAGCAUCUAAGAAGUCUAAUGUUGAAGAAAACAGCGAACAUAGCCUUGUUGUUGUCGAUCAGCUGCCCUCAAAUAGCUUGAACAAUCCAGAAGAAAUUCUUGAGGUUGUUGAAGAUCCGUUCGCAAAGUAUACUGCUGAAGAGCGUGAAAUUCUGUAUCGCCAGAUAAAUGAUUCUGAGGCUAAAGUAGCUGGAUAUACACGAAUCCUUACGUGUAACGACAAGUGGGAUUAUUUGCUACAGUUAAUAGGUUGUCUUACUGCUAUUGGUGCCGGACUUGGUCUUCCUUUCUUGGCUCUCAUUGCUGGUAAGCUAAGUAAAGUUUUCACCGAUUAUUUUAGCGGACAGAAUGUUGAUAACUUUCAACAUAGUGUAAAUCAAUUCGUGCUAUAUUUUGUUUAUAUUGCCAUUGGUGUUUUUGGUUGUUCUUUUGUCUAUACAGUUGCAUUUAUCGUAUCUGGCGAACGAAUCUCGCGGGAAAUUCGUAAGCAAUAUUUGCAUGCCGUCCUUAGUCAAAACGUUGGUUAUUUUGACCAUCUUGGAGCAGGCGAGAUUACCACACGUAUAACUAGUGACACAAAUUACAUUCAGGAUGGUUUAGGCGAAAAGGUUGGUUUGGUGCUUUCUUCUGCUUCCACGUUUGUGUCUGGAUUUGUAAUUGGUUUCAUUCGAGCUUGGAAGUUCACUCUCAUUAUUAGUUCCAUGCUGUUGGCUAUUCUUGGUGGUAUGACAUUCGGUAUUAGUUAUAUAACAAAAUAUUCGAAACCUCAUAUUGGACAGCUAUCUAGUUCUAGUUCUUUUGUCGAAGAAGUUUUUUCAAAUGUACGUAAUGCGCUUGCGUUUGGUACCCAGAGAUUAUUAACCGAAUCUUACGCUAAAUUUUUAAGUCCUGCUAAACGUUAUGGCACCAAACGAGCCCUCGUUAUGGGUGUAAUGACUGGGUGGAUGUUUUUUGUAUCAUAUGGCUAUUAUGGUCUUGCUUUUUGGGAAGGUGGUCGUCUUUUGCACGCUGGCGAAUUAAAUGUGGACAAACUCAUCUCUUGCUUUUUUGCUGUUAUGACCGCAUCAUAUAGUUUGGCAAAUAUUACGCCGCAAAUGCAAGCUUUCGCGAACUGCGCGUCUGCCGCAAAGAAGAUCUUUGAUACAAUUGACAGGACUAGUCCAAUAAACAUAUUCUCUUCCAGUGGUAAACAGCUUGAGAAAGUUCAUGGAGAAGUUGAGUUGAAAAAUGUACGUUUUGUAUAUCCUACUAGACCAGAGGUUGUGGUUUUGGACGACUUCUCUUUGUUGUGCCCUGCUGGUAAAAUUACUGCGCUUGUCGGUGCUAGUGGUAGCGGAAAAUCUACCAUAAUAGGUCUUGUGGAGCGUUUUUAUGAUCCCAUCGCAGGGCAGGUUAUGUUAGAUGGUGAAGACAUCGGUGAUCUAAAUACUGCAUGGUUGCGCAGCCAUAUCUCCUUGGUACAGCAGGAACCAGUUUUGUUUGCAGUAUCUGUUUUUGAGAACAUCGCCUUUGGUUUGAUUGACAAUGACUUGUUUAAGUUUACGGAGGAUGAAGUACGAGAGCGCGUGUUCUGUGCUGCUAAAACUGCCAAUGCUUAUGAAUUCAUUAUGACUUUACCUGAAAAAUUUGAUACAAAUGUAGGCCAGCAAGGCUUUUUAUUGUCUGGUGGACAGAAGCAAAGAAUUGCAAUUGCAAGAGCUAUUAUUAGUGAUCCUAAAAUCCUACUCCUGGAUGAAGCAACAAGUGCCUUAGAUACUAAUAGUGAAGUUAGCGUUCAAAAGGCCUUAGAAGAUGCUUCGAAAUCUCGCACAACUAUAGUCGUUGCACAUCGUUUAUCGACAAUCCGCAAUGCUGAUAACAUUGUAGUAGUCAACGCUGGAAAGAUUGUUGAACAGGGAACCCACUCUGACCUAUUAUCGUUAAAUGGUGCUUAUGCGAAAUUGGUGGAAAUGCAGAAAUUUAGAGAAACAAACAACGAUGAUGCUGUUAUUAUAGAAGAGGAGAAUAUUGAUGGAUCUCGUAUUACUGUCGCACAAAGUGGAAACGAUGAUUCUUCGUCCAAAGAGAUCCAUCCUGUUAAUCAAGAAAAAGUCAAUGGCACAAUUUCACUGCGCAACAUACCGCUUACCAAGUUACCGAUGGAUGGUGUUCCAGAUUUAUCAAAGAAAAGCUUAGAUAAUAUAGGUGACGAAAGCACGGAUACAGAUAGCACGUCAAAGCUUGAGAGUAAUGUCGCCAAAAUGAGCACCUGGAGAACAUUGGUUUUUAUUCAUUCCUUUGUUGAUGGUGCUUUAGAAAUUGCUUACGUUUCAGUUGGGAUUCUAGCGUCCAUGGUUUGUGGUGCCGCAUACCCUGUACAAGCAGUAGUUAACGCGUGGUAUAUGAAUAUUUUUGCAAAUGUUGCGUCUCCGGAUUAUUUUCAUCAGGUUAACACAUUUGCUGUCUAUUGGUUAAUUCUUGCCAUUGCGGAAUUUUUUGGUCAUUCCAUGUCUCAAAUAGCUAUGUCCUAUAUGUCAGAAUCCAUAUUAUUACGCAUUCGUCGACAUGUCUUCAGUGUCCUUAUCCGACAAGACAUUGAGUUCUUUGACCGCAGUGAAAAUUCUGUGGGUACUUUGACUACUUCACUAUCAACUUCCAUUCAAAACUUGGAGGGCUUGACCGGGACCACACUCGGAACUUUUAUGCAGAUUUUUACGAACAUAGUUUCUGUUUCAAUUCUUUCGCUAAUCCUUGGAUGGAAAUUGUCUUUAGUUAUUUUAGCUACUUCUCCCGUAAUGAUUGCAUCUGGUUAUUAUAGGGUCGCUGCGUUAGAUCGUAUCCAAAACAAUUUGUCUGAAGCAUGCAAAGCGUCGGCGGCAUUUGCUUGUGAAUCCACAUCGGCUAUAAAAACGGUUGCUAGUCUCACAAGGGAAUCGAAGAUUUACGAACAUUAUUGCGCAUCACUAGUUCAACCAGGUAAGGAGACGGCAUUCUCGUCCAUGGUUUCCGCUUUUUUGUUUGCUGCAUCUCAAGCUGUAACGUUCUUAGUGAAUGGGUUGGGUUUUUGGUACGGUGCUACUCUAGUGCGUAAAGGCGAGUACAAUCUAGUCCAUUUCUUCACUUGUUAUAUCGGCGUCGUUUAUGGUGUACAGCAAGCUGGACAAGUUUUGGGUUAUGCGGCAGAUGUUUCAAAGGCCAAGUCGAGCGCUGCCUCAAUCAAAUAUAUCUGUGAUAGCAAACCAAAAAUUGAUACUUGGUCUGAAGAGGGACUUAGAAUUGAAACAUUGGGAAAUUCCUCCAUUGUUUUUGAGGCUGUAAGGUUUCAUUAUCCUACGAGAAAGCACAUUCAAGUGCUGCGUGGACUCAAUUUGACGAUUAAACCUGGCCAAUUUGUUGCUUUUGUGGGUGCUUCAGGGUGCGGUAAGUCAACGAUGAUUGGCUUAAUUGAACGCUUUUAUGACUGCCAAAGUGGAUCUAUAAAAGUAGGAGGUGUCGAUAUCCGUGAAUACAACAUUAAUGAUUAUCGUGAGCAGAUAGCACUUGUGUCGCAAGAGCCCACUUUAUACCAGGGAACUAUUCGAGAGAAUAUUGUUCUUGGUGCUUCGAGAGAUGUUAGAGAUGAAGAGAUUAUUGAAUGCUGUAAGAUGGCAAAUAUCCAUGACUUUAUUAUGGGUUUGCCUAACGGUUACGAAACACUUUCCGGAAGGAAGGGUUCUUCGUUUUCUGGUGGACAGAAGCAGAGAAUUGCCAUUGCUCGUGCGCUUAUUCGUAACCCUAAAAUAUUGUUAUUAGAUGAAGCAACAAGUGCUUUGGACAGUUAUAGUGAAAAGGUGGUCCAAGAAGUUUUGAAUAGGGCUUCUGAAGGUCGUACCACGGUAGCUAUUGCUCAUCGCUUAUCGUCUAUCCAACAUGCUGACUGUAUUUUUGUACUUGACAAAGGCAUUAUUGUAGAAACAGGUACACACAGUGAGCUUGUGAAGAAAGGAGGUCGUUACCAUGAACUUGUAAUUGAACAAGGUCUUGGGAAUUGACGAAAAAAGCAAGAGGUAAGCUUUUGAUUUCUCAUUUAGUUUUGACAUUAUAUACGUUAUCUGUUGUGAACAUAAUGCGUUUCAGUUAAUGAAUUCCAAUACAGUUAAUUUUUAUAUGUUAUAAGUUAAAUAUUAUGUGCCGUGAUAUAAUGUCCAUGCAUUCGUAUUUGUUUGUUCACUGUCUUUAUUCUUAGUCCGUUUCUGUAUUAUAGAAAUGUUUGAUGCCUUAAGUGUUUAAAACAAAUAUUUGGCCUUUGGACUUUCUUCGCUGAUUUGCAUUUCCGUUUUUCUCGCUUUCCAAAUUCUACCUCUUAGCCAAAUUCCUGGACAAUAAUAGUAACCUUAUAUAUAGCUAAAUUCACCACAAGCUGCUCUUUUCACAAAUAUUUAUUUUUACAAAGUUUAAGUCACUCCCUUAAUGCUACUGCGAACUUAUAUCUUCUGAACAUAAGCAACUAUGUGUGUGUCUUUCCAUAGUAUAAUAGAAUUAUAUGAAGAAUUUAACCAUAAAGCC